GUUGGCAAAUGUCAAUUUGACGUUUAAGUGUGGUUGAAGUUGUGUUGUUUUUGAGUAUAUUUAGAACAUUUAUUAUAAAACGAAAAGUACAACACCGUAAAUAUCAUCAUGAAAGUUAAGAAACAACACCGCAAAAAGAAAUAUCAGCACAAACUUAAUCGUAAAAGAUUAAAUAGAAAACAACGCAAUACAGGCACUGUUCGAUGUGAAGUAAUAAAAGAUGCAUGGGAUAACAAGAAAUCUACUUAUAGAAACUUAAAAGAUAUGGGUUUAGCAAAUGAUCCCAAUAAAAUUAUACAGAUACCAAACUUCAAGCAAGAAAAAAUAAAACAAGCAAAGGUAAUUGUUAACAAAGAAGAAAUAGAAGAUAUUGAGGAAGAAAAUAUCACUACUGUACCAAUUAAAAAAGAAGUUGCUGAAAAAUUAGAAAAACAAGCUAAAGCACCAAGGGAAAGAAGAUUUAUGUUACCAAAGGGUCAAGUGGAAUAUAUAACUUACCUAUUGGAUAAAUAUGGACAUGAUUAUAAAGCAAUGGAGAAGGACAGGAAAAACUAUUAUCAGGAAACUUGGAAACAACUGAGAGCUAAGAUAAAAACAUUCAUGGGUAUACCAAAACAGUAUGGUAAAUAUUUACAAGCAAGAGGAUUACUUGAUAAAGAGCCAGACGAUGAGGAAUUAAAGAAACAAGCUAAAGCUUUAGCUGAAGAUUAGCUUUUAAGUUAUAUACAAGGUUUUGUAAUUAACAUAUCUCAUACGAUUUUAAUAAUAAAAUUCAGGAGAUAAAUAAAAAAUGUAAAGUAAUUGUAAGAA